UCUCUCCCCCAGAUGACCAAAAUGCUGGACCUGCUUGAAGACUUCCUUGACUAUGAGGGCUACAAGUACGAACGGAUAGACGGCGGCAUUACUGGAGCCUUGCGCCAGGAAGCCAUAGAUAGGUUUAAUGCCCCUGGAGCCCAGCAGUUCUGCUUCCUGCUCUCGACACGAGCAGGUGGCUUAGGGAUCAAUUUGGCCACGGCAGAUACAGUGAUCAUCUUCGAUUCCGACUGGAAUCCCCAUAAUGAUAUCCAGGCCUUCAGCAGGGCUCAUCGAAUCGGCCAGGCAAACAAAGUGAUGAUCUACCGCUUUGUCACACGGGCCUCCGUGGAGGAGCGGAUUACCCAGGUGGCCAAACGCAAGAUGAUGCUGACUCACCUGGUGGUCCGCCCAGGGCUGGGCUCCAAAUCAGGGAGCAUGUCCAAGCAGGAGCUGGACGACAUCCUCAAAUUUGGCACGGAGGAACUCUUCAAAGAUGAAAAUGAGGGUGAGAAUAAAGAAGAAGACAGCAGCGUCAUCCACUACGAUAAUGAAGCCAUUGCCCGGCUCCUGGACCGUAACCAGGACGCCACCGACGACGCCGACGUGCAGAACAUGAACGAAUACCUCAGCUCCUUCAAGGUGGCGCAGUACGUGGUUCGGGAAGAGGAUAAG